AUGGAGGACUUAUAUGAGAUACUAGAGGUAAGUUCCAGUGCCACUGAUGUUGAAAUCAAAAAGGCAUUUAGGAAGCUUGCCCUAAAGUAUCACCCCGACAAAGCAUCGGAAGAGGAUCGGGAGGAGAAUGAAAUCCAUUUCAAGAAGGUUUCAUUUGCUUAUGAAAUCUUGAUUGACGAGGAAAAACGUCAACAUUAUGAUCUCUAUGGCACUACUGACGGAAACACAGGACCCAAUCCUUACGAAUUCAACGGGAACCCUUUUGAGCAGUUUUAUGGGGGAGGAAAUUACAAUGGAUACGAGGGCAACGAUUUUUACGACUUUUUCAAUGGAAUGAAUGGGAACCAAUCCAAUCAACACAAUAGCAGGCGAACAGAAGAUGCUGUUUUAAAUGUGGAAGUGACUUUAGAAGAUCUUUAUAUUGGAAAAGUGAUACGGUCAACGUCGACUCGAAAUAUCAUUUGUACACAAUGCAAAGGAAGUGGUGUCAAAUCAGCUAGUGCUGUGAGUAAAACGUGUGGGAUUUGUCAUGGAGAGGGAUACACGAGAAAGAUAAAACGGGUUGCUCCAGGAUUAGUGGCGCAGGAAUAUGUUGAUUGUACUACAUGUAACACAAGUGGUAAGAUAUACCGUACCAAAGAUAGAUGCAAAUUGUGCAAAGGGACAAGGGUCUGUGAAGAAACCAAGAUAUUGGAGUUUGAGAUACCAAAGGGAUCUCCAAGUGAAGGGUCUGUGGUCAAGAGAGGUGAAAGUGAUGAAUACCCCGGUAAAAUUGCCGGUGAUAUUAUUUUGAAAUAUACUUGUAAAAAGCAUGACGUGUUUGAAAGGAAAGGAGACGACCUAUAUAUGGAUCUUCAUAUCCCUUUGGCAGACGCACUCACUGGGUUCUCAAAAUUGGUGACUGCACAUUUGGACGGACGAGGCGUCAAGGUGGUGACUCCAAAGGGGAAAGUAAUCAAACCAGGAGACUACAUAAAGCUUACUGGUGAAGGUAUGCCUAAAUUGGCAGAAAAGCGGUCGUGGUUUUCUAGAAGUGACGGUAGAGGUGACUUGUACAUACGUGUGCAAAUUGAAUUUCCGACCGACAAUUGGUACCUCGAAAAGAAUGAUUUAUUGACAAUAAAGAAUAUUUUGCCUACUCAGCUCAAGGCAAACACCACUCCACCUGUAUCAGUACCAGAAACAAAUGUUGAAUUGUUUACGGAUUUCUCAAUAGUGCUGUCACUGGAUCUACCAGAUUACAAUGACAUGAGAAACUCAAACGAUCAUACACAUCAUGAAGAGGGUCCCCAAUGCACUCAACAAUAA